CAAGAACCGAUGUGACAAUUCCUACGAAGCGCUGAAAAUUCUGUUCCUAUGUUUUGUUACCAUGUUCUGGCUGUCUGAUAGAGUAGUGAAAUUACUGCUGGAUAAGAAAAGAAGCUCUCACUUUCGAAGCUUGUGGUAUUUAGUGAAGAAAUAAACCUUCCCAAGUUUAAUGGUAACCUGUACGACAAGAACUAAUAAGGGUGUGUUCAUAAAGGGUGUCUUCCUGUGACAGUGAAAGUGGUAAUUCUGCUGCGGGCCAAAAUUAUGGAGGCUUUGACCUGGCGUGGUUAGAAGUGUCAUUGAAUGAAACCAGCUCAUGAAUAAAUAGUCAAGUUUGUGUUGAUGUUUGAAUGAAUUGCGAAAAAAGCAAGCUCUGAGCAUAAAAGGUGCACCUCUGUUGGCCAAAUUAAAAGUGAAUUCGCUGUUUUCAAAAGGAUGCUUGCAAUCGAUAAAUUGAUUUUUGGGGCUCCCUCCGGAUGUCUCGUCACCGUCCGAAGGUUGUAUGUGUUUACGUUUGGAGCUAUUCGUUUGCUGAAAUGCAAUCAGGAUGCGAAACUGCCUCGAAGCCGACAGUGUUCUAUUGAAUAGUUAAUGAAAGUGAGCCAUAAUUCAUAUUCCUGUUAUCGAUUGCAAGACGACUGACGCCAAGCCAAGUGGAAUUCUUACACAAGCUAGUUCGAACAGCAUGAUAAAAGGGGUGCGAAUCGUAGAAUGAAGUUUCUGCUAUGACAUCAGUGCUAUUCCGUCGGGCUUGGGGCGUGUUUUGCUACAAUUAGACGCUCGCUUUGUGCUUUUCCCAUUGUAGUUGGGCAUAUAAUUGUGUUGUAAAGUUGUGCGUGUUCUGGGCGAGUCCAGUUUUAACAGACUUGCCACUUCAAAUUUGCUCAAAACUGGAGGAUGAAAUUAGAUCCUCCGGAACGGAUCUAAUCAACAUUAACGAGUCAUCAAUGUUUCAGGCAUGCCGACUCUGGAACCUGAGUAUAGCCAGUGUAUUAGCUCUCACACUGUCUAAUGUGUUUCUAACCGUACGACUACUCCACAAUGGUGACUGCAGCAAUCAAUAUAGCGCCAAUGUUGAGGACAGUGUUUCGCUGGUUCCACGAGCCCCGAUCCUCACACCGGCGACUUGUCUGGAAUACGUGCUGGCCGAUUCGCUCACCAACAAUACGGAUAAGGCCGUUUUCUCAGGGCUAGAUCUUCGCCUCGGGCGGUGGGAUUCCCGGAGACUGUACAAAUUUUUCGAUUUUGCUGUGAUUGGUGAAAAGUACCCGGAGCUGUCGGAACGGUUCAGUGUUUGUUUAGCCACGCAAAGCUCACUGGAGAAAAUAUACUCGUUAGUUCAAGUCUCUCAUCAUUGGUCCGGUCCUAUUUCAACAGCCAUUUUUGCUGCUGGAAAUGAUGAACUCUAUCUGCUACAAAUUUACCUAUCCUACUUAAGAAAUUGCUUCAAAACCAUUCGCGAACGAGUUAGCUUUCAUCUGGCUUUGCCAAAGGAUCGCGCUCCGACUCAUCUCAAAAGCAUCCACGUGGGUGACUUCACCAAGUUCGAUUGUGCCAAACCGGAAGCGACGUUGAAUGAUCUGAUCAAACUGCGCAAAGUGGAUACCAACAAGUGGCGCAUCAAGAAUCCCUACCCUCAGAAUCAUCUGCGCAACGUCGCCCGCAAAGGGUGCCAAAGUACGCACGUUUUCCUAACGGACGUCGACAUCAUUCCGAGUGUAAACUUCGCCGAACACUUGGACAAGUUUCUGAGAAAACAGCGACCGCCGCACCACCCGACGGCGUAUGUGGUGCCGACGUACGAGCUGGACGAGCGGGUUCGGUUUCCUCGCAACAAGACUGAUCUGAUACGAUUGGCCAACAAAGGCCUAGCACGACCGUUUCAUCACAAAGUUUUCAUCUACAACCAGUUUGCGACCAACUUUUCGAGGUAAGUGGUUGAUAUGGAAAU